GCGGGCCCCGCGCUGGCAGCUUGCGUCCGCGCUUCUCAGGCUCGCGCUCGCGCUCCAACUGCGCCUCGGUCUUGGUGGCCCCCAGGCGCUGCCUUGGGAAGAUGAUAGGUGGGGGCGUCGCUACUUCUCCCGGCGCCAACUGGCGCCCUCGUGAACCUUAACAUCCAGGGUCUGAGCGCACUGAAGGCAGCGGCUCCAGGGAGCGGAGCGUUUGCGGGAUCUGCGGGAAAGGAAAGACCCGCCUCCGGCCACCGGAGCCAGCUCCCGCCGCGGCGGCUGUUGGUUCCCGCCGGGCCCCUCCGCCGAGGCACUCCGCCCGCCCCCUCCCGUCCCGCCCCACCCCGCUCGGGGAGCUCCGCCCCGGGUUCGCGCUCUUCCGCCUUAGGCAGCCGCGAGGCGGGAGGGACUAAUCCCCCUACCCCCCAUCCCGGGAGGGACCGGGGGCCGAGACCGGCCAGGGUCAGGGGAAGCCUCAGCUUCUUCCGCCCGCGCCCCGGGUGCAGGCGCCCUGCUGGGGCUCCCGGGGCAGAGGAGGGGGCAGCCAGUCGGGUGCUCACCGAGAGGUGAGAGCGGCUAGUUGGGCCACGAGGGGGCGCUGCGGAGCUGGGGACACCCUUCCCUACCCGCCUCAGUCCCCCGCCCCCUCCCCGCCCGCGCGCAAAACACACUCGCCCCAGAGGCAGCGCGGCGGAGCCCGAGCCGCGGCCGGAGCGGAGCCGGGAGAACGGCGGUGGCGGCGGCGGCACCAUGACCCUGGGCAGCUGCUGCUGCGAGAUCAUGUCCUCCGAGAGCUCCCCGGCCGCUCUGUCCGAGGCCGACGCAGACAUAGACGUGGUGGGCGGCGGCGGCGGCAGCGGUGGGGGGGAGCUCCCUGCCCGCUCCGGGCCCCGCGCCCCCCGGGACGUGCUCCCCCACGGCCCCGAGCCUCCCCCGGAGGAAGCCGAGGCGGACGCAGCAGAGGACGAAGAGGAGUCCGGCGGCUGCUCGGACGGCGAGCCACGAGCCUUAGCGUCCCGGGGGGCGGCGGCCGCCGCAGCGGGAAGCCCCGGGCCAGGCGCGGCGGCGGCCCGGGGCGCGGCGGGGCCCGGGCCGGGACCGCCGUCGGGGGGCGCGGCGACGCGGAGCCCGCUGGUGAAGCCGCCCUAUUCGUACAUCGCGCUCAUCACCAUGGCCAUCCUGCAGAGCCCCAAGAAGCGCCUGACGCUGAGCGAGAUCUGCGAGUUCAUCAGCGGCCGCUUCCCCUACUAUCGGGAGAAGUUCCCCGCUUGGCAGAACAGCAUCCGCCACAACCUCUCGCUCAACGACUGCUUCGUCAAGAUUCCCCGCGAGCCGGGCAACCCGGGCAAAGGCAACUACUGGACGCUGGACCCAGAGUCGGCCGACAUGUUCGACAACGGCAGCUUCCUGCGGCGCCGCAAACGCUUCAAGCGGCAGCCGCUACCGCCGCCGCAUCCACACACGCACCCUCAUCCGGAGCUGCUGUUGCGUGGCGGGGCUGCGGCGGCCGGGGACCCCGGCGCCUUCCUGCCGGGCUUUGCCGCUUACGGCGCCUACGGCUACGGCUACGGCUUGGCGCUCCCGGCCUACGGCGCACCCCCACCGGGCCCGGCCCCGCACCCGCACCCACACCCGCACGCCUUCGCUUUCGCCGCCGCCGCCGCCGCCGCCGCGCCCUGUCAGCUGUCGGUACCCCCGGGCCGCGCCGCUGCUCCUCCACCCGGACCUCCGACGGCCUCGGUGUUCGCGGGCGCAGCCUCGGCUCCGGCCCCUGCGCCUGCCCCGGGCACAGGGUCGGGCCCUGGUCCCGCAGGCCUGCCCGCCUUCCUUGGCGCGGAGCUGGGCUGUGCCAAAGCCUUCUACCCUGCGUCGCUGAGCCCUCCCGCAGCCGGCACCGCGGCCGGUCUGUCCACCGCCCUCCUGCGCCAGGGCCUCAAGACGGACGCGGGUGCUGGUGCGGGCGGCGGGGGCGCCGCGGCCGGCCAGAGGCCUUCCUUCUCUAUAGACCACAUCAUGGGCCACGGUGGCGGCGGGGCAGCACCCCCGGGCGGAGGCGAGGGCUCCCCGGGAUCGCCAUUCGCGGCGGCGGCGGGUCCUGGGGGUCAAGCCCAGGUCUUGGCCAUGCUGACUGCCCCAGCCCUAGCUCCCGUGGCCGGCCACAUCCGCCUCUCGCAUCCCGGGGACGCGCUCCUGUCCUCAGGGCCCCCUUUUGCCAGCAAAGUCGCCGGCCUCAGUGGCUGCCACUUCUGACCACGUCGAGCUCAGGGCCAGUUAGGCCCGCACUCCUCAGCCUCUCCCGGGAGCUCCUGCGGUCCCAGCGGAACUCAGGGAGUCUAUUUAUGAAGAGUCUCCAGACCUUGAGUCGGCGCGCGUGACUUGGCAUUUCAGGAACAGGCUCCAUGCUCAGAAUCUUGCCGAUAGUUGGGACGAAGCGGGCUCCAUCGCUCAGGGAGAGGCCCAGGUCUAAGCGAUGAAGUCGCAAUUCAUGAUCCCAUUCCAAUUUGAGCAGUUAAAGGGGCGGCGGGGGGUGGGGAGGGAGCCUUCACUUUUUCCCAGCCUCUGCGCCUCUCAGAGGCCCUGGAGGAAUGCUUUCCCGGAGGGAUGUCUGCCCAGGCCCUGCGGAUUCCGCCAGAAACACCAACUGCGCACAGAGAGGUCUCCCUUUCUGCCUCUCCCUUACUUCUUCCCCAACUUUGAGGCCCUGCUUGUCCAAUAUUAUAAUUUAAAGACACUUAUUAUCCGCUUUGUGCUUAAAAGAAAAUUUCAACUUUUUUUUUCUUGCUGUUUUCCAAGGAAGUUCAUUUUCUCUGAAGCCUAAAGCAGUGUCUACACAGGCAAAGUUGAACGGAGAGGUUAAGUGAGGGGUCUCCACAAUCCCUGCAGAAGCUCUGGAUCCCACUGCGCUGAGGAACAUCCUCCCUCUUUUGUGUUGGGGGGUGCUUUUGAAGGAACUUUUCCCCUUUCCCAUGGCCGGCUGGGUCCAGCCAUCCAGGGCCGGCAACCCUCACAGCAUUCUGCUCUGUCCCAGGCCCUGGGAUAUUUAUUGUAGCUAAGGCAAUGAGGUUGGGGUGGGAGAGGAGGGUCUGGGUCAAGGACUG